UCUAUUUUGUGGAUAAUAAGCUAAAUAGUUAAUUGUUUGCAGAUUAGCAAUUUCGAAUAUUUAAUGCAGCUUAACACAUUGGCUGGACGCAGCUAUAAUGAUAUUACACAGUAUCCUGUAUUCCCGUGGAUCCUUUCUGAUUACAGCUCACAAAAUUUGGAUCUUUCAAGUCCUUCUUCUUUUCGAGACCUCUCAAAGCCAAUUGGUGCCCUGAAUGCUGAAAGACUACAAAAAUUCCAAGAGAGAUACUCCAGCUUUGAUGAUCCAGUCAUCCCCAAAUUCCAUUACGGCUCACAUUAUUCCACUGCUGGAACAGUGGGUUCUCUCGUUAUUUAUAUUCCCUUUUUUUGCACGUAUCACACAGUAUUUAUUGAAAUCUUUAUUACAAAACCAUCCCAUUUUUAUUACAAUGAGAUAAACAAAUAA